ACCAAUCCGCGACAGACAUUAUUGUGAGUAAAUGAUGAGGUUUUUUUUUUUUUUUUGCGUCAUCUGCAAUAUGAUUGAUUAGAAAAAAGAGGGACACGAACCCGAUAACAUCAUCGCCGUCCGACGAGAUAUUCAACCUGAAAUCGUCUGCGAGAUCGUAGAUGGAAGUGCCUGACCCCAUACCGAACCUGGUGACGAAGAUUCAAAAGCUCUGGGAUGGGGGUUGCGGUUGCGGUUGAGAUCACGGUGGAAAGACAGAGAGAUCUGCACUUCGCUGAAACUCCACCAGUACAGGCUGCAGUGGCUCGUGCUGAUCAGGCAGACUGAUCAACGUUUACAGGUAUGGGGCGGUUUUCCGUAUCGAGCAAGCUUAUUGAUAUUGUUGAUGAAACAAAAAUUGACUGGUCGGCCAGGGCCUUGCCAUGCGAUGUCGUUGCCGAGUCCCAGACUUCGACACUACAGGACCAUGACAGCGAUCUGCUUCGUGUGCAACCUGCCCAUCCUGAGCCACCAGGUGGGACUAAUUUGGCAGGGCGGAAAUGGAUGGGACGAUCUCGUGCGAGAGCAAGUCGAGGAGUCGACGCUCAAGCAGCGGCUGGGCGCUGGAAGGAGGGAUUCUGCCGCACAGAUUACCUCAAUUUCACCACCGAACGAAAUUCAGGAUUCGUCUCCUCCGAAUCAACGACGUCGACGCUCGAGCUUGGCUCAACUAACGGACAUCUUGAGGGAAUGGGGUGGGACAUCAAACAAAAGUGGCAAGGGAAGCAAAUUGUACAGGCGAGAAACUCUGGCGGAUAUCGCGAAGUCAUUGCCCUGGUCGAGACAACAGACGACAGACGCAAGCCACCUUGCGAGUCUUCGAAAGAGGCGAGAGAGCUCCGCAGACAGCGGAAUCAGAAGUCAGGUUUCAUCGAAGUCGAGGAGGGACUCCGCCAUCAGUGAGUUCAAAAAUGACAUUGCCAGAUUAUGGAGCAAAAAAGAUGCCCAGCAACAGCCAUCGGCCCCGCCAACAGUUAUUUCCCCGACCACGCGAAGAGGGUCGGGAGAGUCCGUAAAAAAUUCAAGACGCGGAUCCGGGGAGAGCGCGAAAUCGAGAAGGGAUUCCGUCGCUGGUGGACAAUCGGUAAGCCCUGGCGAACGGAAACACAAUUGUCGGCAUCACAGACGCAGGCAAUCCCAACAAUCUCAAGAGGGUGGAGGCGUCACGCCAACUAAAUACUACCGGAGUGACCAGAGGCCGAGUGCGUCGAGCACUGAUAGCGCGGCUAGUUGCGCAGUCAGGGAACAUUUAGAAGCGCAAAGACUUCAGGCUGAAAAAAACGAGAAGUCCUGUUCUGCAACUUUGGAAGUGAAGUCGGACCCGAAGACGCCAACCACUACGUUACACGUUGAGAUGAAGUCAACUGGAACUGACAGCGGGAAACUAUUGAAUUUAGACCCGACAAUGAAUCCUCCAACGAUCGUUAUGUCAUCCGUAACGCCCCCCAUAGUAUCCCCGAUGACCGGAAGCAGCCUCCCGUUGCCAGGAAUGUCAGCCUCAGGUAGCUCGAGUCCUGUAGGAACGCCAAAUCUAAACAACGUACCGACUCACCCUCUACUGACCACCAGAAGAGACUCUACGACGCAGUGCUAUUACAAAGGUAAAGAAUCGUCGCCGAGUAAAUUGGCGAGGCUCACGCGACAGGCAGCCGCUAUCGACGAAUCGCUUCCACCCCCUGGUCGACGUGGAAGUCAACCGACACUUUCUCCAGAUCCCGACGAUGGAGGACGCAAAGCUCGGCGAGAUUCGCUGAGUCCUGACUCUGCUUCUUACCCCAGAAGACGUGACUCAAAGAGCCAUUUGAGUCCGGACAGAAACGCAACCGAUAAAAGAGACAUCAGUCCAAUUCGGCAAAGGAAAGCGAGGCUCAGACGACAGUCGACGUCAAUCGCUUGCGGUCGACCAACCAGGUCAUCCGACAGCUCAUCCUGUUCUUCCCGGGAUCCCAGCCCUUGUGCCCGAGGUCCGACAACGAUUCAGCACGCGCCUGUUAUCAGAAGACAGUCAACAACGGAGGAAAUUUUAAUCGCGAGGGGUUUCCGGCGGCAGAGUACAACUGAGGAAAUGAUACGUUGCAGAAAUUUCAGAAGACAAAGUUCGCAGAGUGACGACACCGUUCAAAGAUACAGAGGCCGGAGGGACAGUUCCGCACAAAUUACAGACGGGACAUUUGCCACGAUGACCGUUGAAACGACGAGUACAUUUUUCGACAGCAGUACGCAGACUGAACCUUCGCCACUUUAUGACAACAACCAUUACCACGAGGAGUGCCUGAGAUGCAACAGUUGCGGCCUCAAUCUCACAGGACCGAAUCAGAAGCGCGCACGCAGGUUCAAGAACCACAUUCUGUGUGACCUGCACUUUGCGGACGUCGCUCUGAUGGAGUGUUCAGAUUUCAUGCAACAACUUCGUAGCUUCAAGCCUCAGAGUCUAGGCUGUGCCGUAGCUCGACGAAAAUCAUCGACUACCCUCAUAUUCCCGUUACCGCCGCAAGCUUGUUCUGAUGAAUUUUGCGAAGAAUUUCCUCACAAUUUAAUCCCUACUCCUGGAUACUGGAUCGAAUGUUCUCGCCAGAAGAUCGCGUCGGAUACGAUUUGGGACGAGAGCGAAAGCGACAGAGAAGCUACAGACCCAGAACAAACAGAGGAACAAGCAGAAACGACGUCGCGGCAACAAAGGCAGGAUUUUUGCCUAUUCGAAGAAAACGAAAUAGAGUCGGACGAUGCACCACGUAAAAAAACUGCUAUCGAAGAACAGUGGGAAAAAAAUCAAGGUUUCGAGUUGACGUCCGUUGAACAGGAAACGUACGAAAAGUACUUCUAUGGUUCUGAACAUUGGAACUAUUUUACUAAUGAUGAAGACUUAGGUCCGGUGAUUUUGAGCAUCAAACAAGAGACAAUUAAUGGUCGAGAUCAAUUCAGGAUUUUGGUCAGAGCUAUAAGCUAUACUGUUCACGGUUUGAUACCCGCAAGUUGCGUAUUCGCUGAUCGAUACAAUCGCGAAGAAGUUGUACGUAGUUUGGGGAAAGAAGUGAACAUCAAUCCCCCGUUGACUUUGGGCCAGCUACCGGACACCCCUGAAGAACUUUUGAAGCUCGAUCAGGUUUUUAUCAAGUCCGAACUCAAAGUUGGGGUAAUUUAUGUUCAGGAGGAACAGUACAGCGAAGAGGAGAUUCUUGACAACAACGACAACUCCUUUUCAUUCGAGGAAUUCCUCCAAAUUCUUGGCGACAAAGUCAGACUCAAGGGUUUUGACAAAUACAAAGGUGGUCUGGAUACCGUCCAUGACCUUACGGGACUGUAUUCCGUUUACACCAACUGGAGGGGAAUCGAAAUCAUGUUUCACGUAUCGACACUGCUCCCUUACGAAAAGCACGAUACUCAAAAGCUUCAGAGAAAGCGACACAUUGGCAACGACAUCGUUUGCGUGGUAUUUCUAGAAGCAGAUAACACCAGCUUCAGUCCAGCAUGCAUCAAAUCGCAUUUUCUUCACACUUUUAUCUUGGUUCGAGUGAGUCCAAGAAUAAAAAGAAAAAUCACUCGAUACGAGGUAUCUGUUGUCACGAGGGACGAGGUCGGCGCCUACAAACCGUACCUGUGGGAACAGAGCAUUUUUGAAAAAGGCCCCAUGUUCCGUGAAUGGAUUUUGACUAAGAUAGUGAAUGGGGAGAGAGCGAGUUACUCUGCACCAAAAUUUGCGAGAAUGCAAGAAAGAACGAGGAGUCAAAUGCUCGAGGACAUAGUCGCCAAUUUGGCAAAUCACGCAGAAACCGGGCAAAUCCCUAAGCCCUACAGACGUGGCUCUUGGAGACCUAUAGGUCACAUGAGACCUUCAUCCCCACUUCUUGAUUCCGUAAGGGAUCAAUUCGAAGAUUACGAUCAGCUAGCGAAGGAUUUCACUCGGGUCUUUUUGAACAACGUAGCGAAUGUCACUCUGAACGCCAGUCUUUUCGACGUAUCAUUUUUGGUUCCUGGCCAGCAAAAGCAAAAAGUUCGAUUCAUCGGUGUCCGAGCUAUUCUCGGCGUGCGAAGCAGGGUCUUCCAGGAGAUGUUGUAUGGAAUCCAAACAGGCUUUGGGAGCCCUCAGGUUCCCGUCGCGGAGCUACUCGCUAGGCCUGUUCCUACGUUAUUAAGUCCACAGAAACCAAAGAGUUCUAACUUCCUUCAAGUUCCGGAUAUAGAGAGCCCGAGGCCCAAAAGUGUUCCAUCAUCUCCAAUGGUGAAGCGAGCUUUCUCAAGACUCGGCACUAUAACUGCGGGCUGGGGUCGAAGCAUUCGGAAGCACGGUAGCGGAAAUAAUACCCUGCAGACAGAAGACCGGAAGAGAUGGUCAAGCUCCCAGGAUUGUAGUAAUAAAGAGGGCAAAGACAAGGAUAGAGGAGCACAAUCCCUGGCCGUUCCUAGACUGAGCGUUUGCGCAGACGCUCAGAAAGUCGACAGAGCUAAGCUUGCACAAACCGAAUUUGACAUCAUCGAAUUCGACCCGGAAACGUUUAGAACGCUUCUGGACUACCUGCACACUGGAUCGUGUCCGUUGACUUGCAGCAACAUACCCGGUCUGAUAUGCGCGGCGGAACAUUACGACCUCCCUGAACUUCUACAAGCGUGUUUCCAUCAUGCCAAACAGUUUUUGCGCAUCGAUAUCGUCUGCGUAAUGCUCUGUGCCCUUGAGAAUUACUACUGGAGGUACACCUCUGCCUCGGAACUGGUCAAUAUGAUUUUAGCUUUUGUUGAAACACGAGCUUACCAGCUUUUUCAAAAUCCUGAUUUUCUCACGCUCAGUGAGUCGAUGGUCCAAAUGAUUAUGUGUCGUGGUUUGGAGGUGGUUGAAAUUAAAAAAUUCGAAGCCAUGUUGGGGUGGGCAAAGCAUAGGAUAAAGACGAAGUCCUCUAAGCUCGAUGCCAAGUUGGAAUUCAAAUGCAUCAUGGAAAGACUGAGCAGAGAUUUGAAGUUGUACAGGAUAACGCCGCAAGAACUUAUCAGGAUCGUUCUUCCGUCAAAAGCUAUAAAAAACGAAAGGAUUUUAGAGACACUGAUGUUCCAGGCGAACUCUGGUAUCUACCGAAAUGUUGAUAGCUACUUAGAAGCUUACCAGAAGAGAGUUCAAAAUCAGGAAAGUUUUGAUUGCGGAUUAUAAGCGAAGCACUCAUAAUAAACCAAUGAUGUUAAGGAAACCCUUGCGUGAGUUAUGCAAUGGCCUAUAAGAGCAUCUCAACUUUCGAAAACGUAAGCUAAAGCCUAAAAACUUUUAGGGCAAUGAAAAUCUUGAAUAACGUUUUAUACGAAUUCGCUGAACUAAAUUCGCAUGUAUGUUCACUAUGUCUUUUAUCCCACAGAGGAAACAAUCUCAGAGAAAAAAAGAGAGAGAAAUCAGAGAGAGUUUCUUUGAAUCAGUAAAAUUUGUGAAAUACUUUGCUCAGGGCAUAUUCGCAACAUUUUCUUGACGUACAUGUCUAACAAUCUAAGUCGGAUAUGACUUUCAAGUGUCGGACCUUUCGGUGACUUCAUGCCCCAAUAACAAUGAGUCUAUAACUUUACGCAAUACUAAGUCUGAUUCAUUCUUACUGCGCCUUUGUUAUUCCUAGUAAUGAUUGUAUAAUCGACUCUAUUAAGAUACCAAAAUUGAUACCACCAUAUAAAAAUUGCAUCGUAACUAACAUAAUAUGCAGAAAGAGGAAAAUAGAGAAAACAGAAUGAAAAAAUUGAAAAAGAAACAUAUACCGUAUUCUAGUUUAUAAGAUUUUGAAACCCGAAGCACAAGAAAAUGCACAAUUUUCAUAGCUUAGGUAACAAAAAACAACAUACAUAUUAUAUUACGCGAAGUAAAGCGGUGUAAUAAAAGUUCGUUGACAUCAGAUCAGUUACGCACCGCGCGAAAUGUUGCACAUAUAGUAAACUUGUAUUAGUUAGGUGUGAAAAUCAAUAUUAUGUAUGUAAAUACAUUAGAAUCGCGAUUUAUUGAGACUCAGAAAAACUUUCAUCCCGGAUUUUUCGACUCAAAUACGAGACGGUUGGUCGCAUGUUACUGUUAGUCGAGCAGUUGGGGACUUUUCCUUUUUUUGGAAAUUUUUCAAAAUUUCAAAUGGAUUUUAGUCUUCGAAAGGGAAAUUUUUCUGAGGUUCGAAAAAAUGUCACCUUAAUGAACGUACAUAAUCUACCGGUUUGCACCUGGCAACUCAAAUACUCUGUAAUUGAGCGCUGCACUGUCACACUUAUUCAUUUCUUUUUUUCACUCAUUUGACUAUCUUUUAUUGGGAAAAUUGUCCAUGUCCCUCGAGAAUUCUCUUAAGUCAUUCGAGGCUUAAUUAUUACUGUAUACAUCCAAUCUUCCAGAUCAUUUGGUAUGUCACGUAAAAAUUCACGAUUCAUCCGUUCUCCCCUGUAUAACGAUCGUUGACAGAUUAUUUUGGAAAGCAAAAUUUAACAAUCUGCGGCAUGUGAAUGCUGGACAUGACAAUCUGUAUCAUAAAACUACUGAUAAAUAUAAAAUAAUAAUAAUACUAAUAAUAAUACCAAUAAAAAUAACGAUAAUAAUAAUAACAACAGUAACAAUAACAAUAAUAAUGAUAAUAAAGUAAUAAUAAUUAUUAUAACGAUAAUGUUA